AUGCCUGUGAUCGCGGUAGGUGCUUUGCUUUUCCAUUAAUGAGACUUUUUUUGAUCAUUUUUACCAAGAAUCAUGUAAAACAAUAUCAAGAUUUGUGUUUUCAGCGAUCCAGCGCCUUGAAAAGUUGCGCAUCGCUAGCGGAUGUCGAGAAAUUGGCCAAACAAAGGUUAGCGGUUGCUGUGCGCGAUUUUAUUUCCGCAGGAGCUGAUGGGCAAUGGACUUUGGAGAGGAAUUCUAGUCAAUUCAAAAAGUGAGAGUACUCCAGGGGGAGUAAAAUAAUUUUCUAGGUACUUAUUACGUCAGAAAAUCCCAGACGACGCCUUUGAAAUAAACUUAAAAUGCAGGUUUACCAUGAAAAACCGCGACUUCUCCUAUGAAAUGCCGAUUGGAAUGGCGCCGAUUCCACUCCAUGGUCUUGUUCAUGCCAAAGCCGAAGAGCCCAUGGUCAAAGGUAAUUGGGGUUAUAAUCAUCAAAAAUAAAUGUCAUUUUUGCGAUCCAAAUCACGUAAAAUUACGUUCUUCUAUAAGAUUUUAGUCGCCAGCUCGUUAAAAAUCCCAGCCAUCGCGAGCUUACUCUCCAACUUGUCGUAUCAAGAGAUUUCCGAAAUCGAGAGACCGAAUGAAAGUUGGAUGCAGGCAAGGCUUAUCCCUAAUGUCAAGUACAGAGUGUACCAAUUUCGUGGCCCGAUUUUAAUUGGCUAUAACUUCUUUGAUUUUGGGCCAAAUUUUAAAAUUCUUUUUUCGCUGAAUCCUCAGACGUCCUCAUUUUUUUAAUACCAAAUAUGAUAUACAAAGGUAAGUUGAACAUACAGUAAUCGGCUGUUAUGUUUGGUUUCAUUUUGAUAGGGAAAAAAAGAAUUUUAAAAUUUGGCCCAAAAUUAAAGAAGUUAUAGCCAAUUAAAGUCGGGCCACGAAACUGGACACCCUGUAUAAUAUUUUUUCGAAUUAUCAUGUCAUCAAGUGCAAGAUCACCAAAACCGUUUUAGGUAUACAUACCAGAAGACAUGGAUCACACUCUAAAAGGCAUUGAACUCAUCCAGACAGUUGGCUACAAGGUAAACCCAAGUUUUUUUGACAGUCAUUAUAUUAUACUAGACAAAAAACCAUGUCUCAUCUAGGCAUUGGUGAUCUCCGUUGGUUGUCCAAUUGACGGUCGUCGUCGAAGCGAUGAGCGGAAUCAGUUUGGACUUCCAUCUCAUCUGAAAUACGGUAACUUCCGCUACUUUCGACGUGUCAGUCCGAACGAGACUUUCCAAGAUUCCCAAUCGGAGAAAAUCAGAAUUAACACUAGCCUCACAUUCGACUGGAAACAACUUGAAACCAUCGUCAAACACUCGGAUAUUCCAGUCAGCAGUAUUUCAUUAUUUUUUGGUCAUCAACUCCAUUACGAUGUAUACAUAAAACUUUGUUUAGGUUAUCCUAAAGGGGAUUCUUCGAGGAGAUGAGGCCGAAAAAGCUGUUCAAGUUGGAUGUUCGGCUGUUUACGUAUCAAACCACGGCGGAAGGCAAUUGGAUUAUGCCCCGGCUACUGUAACUUGGCCAUUUUUAUAUUAUUCUCAUCCAUUUUUAGAUCGAAUGUCUUCCGGAGAUAUUCAAGGCCGUAAAUAACCGAAUCCCCAUCUUUUUGGAUGGCGGGAUACGAUCUGGAUGCGAUGUUGUGAAAGCGAUCAGCCUUGGUGCUGAUCUCGUGUUCAUUGGACGGCCUUAUAUUUACGGUCUUUCAUUGGGAGUAAGGACAUUACACUUGGUAUAAGUAAUAUAAUUUUAGGGUCAGCCUGGAAUCACUCAAGUCUUUGACAUUCUCCGACAAGAAUUAAUGGGUGCGAUGAGAAUGGCGGGCUAUCAUGAUGCGGAUUCAAUCAAACAUGACUCCAAACAUAAUCAAGUCGUACAUGAGAGCUACUACAGAAAUAUAAAGUUGUAG